ACGUUGUGUCUUCUUAUAUGAUUAAUAUUUGGAGAAUUUUUUUAAUUUUUAGUCAGUUUAUCUCAAAAUUGUAAGGAUACAACAUCGAGUGAAAAUGAGAAUUUUGUUGAUCGUUCUCGUAUAUGCGACCAUUACUUACGCCAUACCAUUGGGUGGUCUUUCUGUACCGGAUGUAACACAAUCACUUCCUGUACCAGACGUAACAAAAACGCUUCCUGUACCAGACGUAACGAAAACUCUUCCUCUACCAGAUGUAACGAAUACGCUUCCUCUACCAGAUGUAUUAAAAAAUCUUCCCGUCAAUGCAUUAACACAAGGUCUCGCUCUUGAGAGUCUUUUAGGAGGUGGUCAAGCAUGUCCAGAAAUAAUUGUUUUGCUCGGAUCAAUUAUAGCUAAAGUGGUCGGACCGAUGGCUGAACCUCUCACCAAAUUACUAACAUCUACUACUGGAAUUUUGAUACUCGUCAUCACACCAUUGCUGCCAAUCUUACUUCCUUUCCUUGUUCCCGUCAUUGUAAAUCUAGUGCCAGUUCUAUUACCAGUAUUACCAGUUGUCAUUCCCAUACUUGUCCCUCUUCUUCCUAUACUAAUUCCACUAGUGGCACCGCUAGUCCCAAUUUUAGUUCCUGUUAUCAUUCAACUGGUACCUGUAUUGCUUCCUCUUCUCAUACCACUUUUACCAGUUAUUAUCCCGUUGUUGCCAGUUUUAAUACCACUUCUACCAGCACUGCUUCCCGUACUGUUACAACUGUUGGUUGCAUUGCCAGGUGCAUUGUAAAGAUGCAUCUGUGUACCUGCACCAUAUUAAAGCGGCUACAAACAUUUCGAUAAUAUUAUGUUAUUUUUGUGACCGAAUUUAAUAAAUCAAU